AUGGGUAGGAUAAGCCGUGAAAACACAAAGGAGGAGAUAAGACGAAUGAAAAGAGGAAGGAAAAAACGGAAACGACUACAGAGGAACCUUAACAAAGAGAAGACACUUGCGUCUGGAUUAAAGAUCGAGAAGGCUCGCCUCGAGAAACAACGAAAGAUAUGCGACUAUAUAGCGAGAAAAUAUUAUGAUCGAUGGCACUCACUUCUCAAGCGAGAGGAGGCUUCAAGAAAAGCUAGGACAUUGAUUCCAAGGCAAUCUGUAGCGCAAGGGAAGGUGUGUACUAUAUUUUAAAUCUUCAUAGCCGGAAAGGUUUUUAAGCGGGUGCAUCAUCUAAUCCUCAUUUUCAUCUCCCUUAAAGUGGAGGAGGGGAGGGGGGGGAGGGGUGGUGGUUUAGGGUCCUGUCAGUGAAUGAGUCACUGCAUCAACCUCCUGACGCUGUUUGACCAAGUCUUCCUCAUUAGUAUAAAUUUUACCAUCAUCUCAAACUCUUAACUUCAAGUAAAGCAGCCAUGUUGAAAGUGUGACUCCAUCUACAUUUGCUGAUCUGACCUUGGCGUCACUGCAUUCACGUUACCAUGAAAAGAAAUCGCUAUUUAAAAAUCUGUUUAAAUAAAUAAAUACAUUACAACAUUUAGAGAGGCAUUUAUUUAUGAUUUAUUUCCUGCUCUGAAAAGGGGGGCUAACAAAGGAUUUACAGUACAUUAAUUUUUGUCUUGCUGAAAUGUAGGUCAUUGCAAAAGCAACAUGUGAAUCCAUUGUGGAAAUUGACUGUGCCCUUUUGGAGCCCCCAAAAGAUGAAUCUGGAAUGGAGGUGAAGGUACAUCUGGGUUCUGGUGUGUUUGGGUGCUGUAACAAGAUGUUUUACAGGGGCAAUCCUGUUGCAGUUAAAACAUUUUACUCUGCUACAGCAGAGGAGGUCAAACAGGAGGCAAGAGUCAUGUCAAAGUUCAAACAUGCAAAUUUUCCUCUUCUUAUUGGGAUGUGUACUCUUUCAAAGCCUUACCAUCUAGUGUCAUCCUUUUACCAUGUUUUGGACAAGCCUUACACAUUAUCUUUGGCACUGAAGAGUAGAAGUUUGAACCUUUCACAGGUUAUUUGGCUGACCUUGAUCAAUCAGUUGGCUCAGGCAAUAUCCUAUUUACAUAAACAAGGAUUUCUUCACAGAGAUAUCAAAGCAGAUAAUGUCCUUAUCUCACAUGUAAACAAUGAGUAUCGUGCCAUAUUAAUUGAUUUUGGCAAAUGUGUAGCUUUAACAGCAGUUGGUUCCCUUGUGAAACAUUUCACUCCUGAAGAACAAAAACUUUACAAAAGUAAGCAUGGUCACAUUGCUCCUGAAAUUGUCUGUGGUGCCAGUCCACCUUCACAUGCCAGUGAUGUAUUCUCUUUUGGAAGAGUGAUCUGUGCAGUUGGUACAUACCUCCAAUGCCACUUCCUUUGUACUUUGGGGAAAAAGUGCAUUCUUAGUGAUCCUAAGUUAAAACCACAAUUAAGUGAGAUAAUUGAUGAACUAGAGGGGCGACUAAAAUUGCAUAUCAAGUGA